GAGAGCGGCGGAACUGUCGGAGGGUGAUCUGUGUUGCACCUCGGCGCGUUUUAAGAGUUACUGGUUCCUCCCCGCACUGCUUCAUUUCGUAGCUUUCGCUUCAUCUCUAAACAGCUCUGAAACUUUAGAGAUAAAGGCGAAACAUCUACUUUUAACGGAAGAACUGUGAGAUAAGACAACACAGCGGUUAUUUCUGCAACCAGGUAUAUCCUUAUCUGUAACUAAAGAUGACUGACCGCUACAACAUCCACAGCCAGCUGGAGCACCUGCAGUCCAAAUACAUUGGAACAGGCCAUGCAGAUACCACCAAAUGGGAAUGGCUGGUAAAUCAGCACAGAGACUCCUACUGCUCCUACAUGGGACAUUUUGACCUUCUCAACUACUUCUCCAUCUCAGAGAACGAGAGCAAAGCUCGUGUGCGCUUCAACUUAAUGGAGAAGAUGCUGCAGCCCUGCGGUCCACCUGCUGACAAGCCUGAGGAUGCUUAGAGUGCAGCCUGGUCUGAGUGGACUCGCACAGUAGUGUUUUUCAUUUUCUCUACUGCUUGUCAAAACAAUGUUGAGAGUGCAGAGUGAAGAGCAAAGAGGAAUUUUGUUUUUGAAUACCUGGUAUUUUUUUUAUAAAUUAAUGUUCACUCCUGGUAAAUAAUUGCUUUUUGUGCUGUUUUAUAGUUUGUAUGUGAUCAAUACCUGUGUCUGAAAAGCAAUAAAGAAACAAUGGCUUAGUCUGUUUUCCCCUCACCA